AGGACGAAGACGAAGGACGAAGAUGAAGAUGAAGAUGAAGCCGUUCAGCUGUUUGUUGAUCUCCUGCCUCGUCGCCUCCAUCUCUCUCCAGCACGUAGACCGGCCCCCGCCUGGACGUGUGAAGGAGGGGGAGGAGCUAACGGCAAAGCUGCUCCAAUUGGACGAGCAUUUGAUAAUGGAGAAUGACGUCAUGGAACCAAAGAGGAAGAGGGGUUUCCCUGGCAACAACAUCCCGCCUCUGGACCGCCUGUCCGUCAUCUCCAUGGAAACCAAACGCAGAAACAACAAGCAAAGUAAGGUGGCGCAGUUGCCACGACGACGAGUAGUCCCGCCUCCCAUCGACCGGAUCGGGAUGAGCCGUUUACCAAGUGGGCGGGGAUAAGCCACGCCCCCUCUCUUCCGCCUCUGACCAGCGGCCUCUUCUGGACAGAGGAUUCAUCACAUGACGCACGACACCACACCUGCCAUUUACCUGCUAAGCCACGCCC